UUAAUCCCACUACGUAGCUUCUCUUACAUUCACCUGUCCUUUAGCUCCUCGUUCGUCGGAGACCAUUCUUCAGAUCUUUUCCUUACGUCGGUCAACAUCAUGAAGAACUGCUUCCUCAUCGUUCUUCUCUUUUCAUCUGCAGUUGCUGUGGCGUCUUCACUCCAGGCUCGUAACCCAACGCCCUCAAAGAGAUAUGCACUCCCCAUUAUUCAGAGGCAGCCAGAACCUUCCAAAGCCCCCGAUAAGCGAUCCUUGGUCAAACGGGCUCCCGCUCCCGGGCCAUCCGCGAUUCAUGUUCCUCGUGAUGUUGGUCCAUUAGAGCGUCUCGCUGCUCGUCAAGCCUCUCCUUCAAAGGUGUUGUCAGGUCGACAGUUGGCUGCUGUGCCAGUCCCGUCUAAACGCAGUGCUGAGGACUCCGCAGCCCUACAAAAGCGCAGCGUAGACCAACAGCAUGUGAUAGGGAGUGCAGCGGAAUCUCAUGAAUUCUGUCUCGACGGGCUCGUAGCCUGCCCCGUCUUGAGCACACCUGGGCAGUUCCCUCGCACAUUUGUCGAAUGGGAAGCGAUAGGGUUUGAGUGUGUCGAUUUUGCGGCAGAUCUCCGCUCCUGCGGCGGUUGUUCCAGUCUUGACCCUAUUGAGCAUGACUGCAUGAAUAUCCCACAUGUUGAAGGCGUCGCUUGCGUCUCUGGUGAAUGCCAAAUCUCAUCUUGCCAAUUGGGUUAUUCGCUAGAAAGCGAUGGUCACGCAUGUUCGCCAGCCGAGUAGGCCUGCAGAAUUAUUGGACAUUUCUCAUGGAAUUUUCGUUCUUUCUAUGCUGGCGUUUAUCCCUUUUCCUCCUUACAGGACUUCAAUUGCUCGGCGUUUUCUAUUCCUGGACCAUUGACGUUGUUGUGCUAUAUACUUUCUGAUCUUACGUCCCCCACGUGUUUACGAUUGUGCAGAUUAGUAACGACGUGUUCGUGCUCUCAGUACUACUCCUUCCUUCCCAGUUAUACAUUCGUCAUUCGAUAGUUAUUCGGACCUUUUGCCAUAUAGUUGACGAGCUUUGUUUUGAUUCCUAGCUUGUUCAGUGUUACAGACUGCCACAAAGGCCCAGGAACUUAUUUUAGGACAGACCGAAGGCCAAGCAACUGCUGUCUAACCCUACAUAGCUAUCGGUGUCUAGAGAAUACCGGUCCGAGGGAAAACGGAUACACUAAGCAGUGUAGUGUGGGAGUCUGUUCUACC